GGCCAAUCUGAUUGGGAAUGGGGUUCAUAUAAGGCUUCCUUGCCUGGAGCCAGAGCCAUGACCAGCCCCACAACCCUGGGGAUCUCCAGCACCCACCUCCACAGCUGCUGCAGAUGGCCUCGUCCUGGUCUGUCUCCCUCUCGGCCACGGAGCUCCUCCUGGCCUCCGCCAUCUUCUGCCUGGUGUUCUGGGUGGUCAGGGCCUCGAGGCCUCGGGUCCCCAAGGGCAUGAAGAGUCCCCCGGGACCGUGGGGCUGGCCACUGGUUGGGCACAUGCUGUCCCUGGGGAAGAGUCCGCACCUGGCGCUGGCGAAGCUGAGCCGUAGCUACGGCGACGUGCUGCAGAUCCGCCUGGGCUCUACGCCCGUGCUGGUGCUGAGUGGCCUGGACACCAUCCGGCAGGCCCUGGUGCGGCAGGGCGACGACUUCAAGGGCCGGCCCGACCUCUACAGCUCCACGCUCAUCACCAGUGGCCAGAGCAUGUCCUUCAGCCCUGACUCGGGGCCCGUGUGGGCUGCCCGCCGGCGCCUGGCCCAGAACGCCCUCAACACCUUCUCCCUGGCCUCCAACCCAGCGUCCUCGUCCUCCUACCUGGAGGAGCACGUGAGCAAGGAGGCCGAGGCCCUGAUCGUCAAGUUCCAGGAGCUGAUGGCGGAGGCCGGGCGCUUCGACCCCUCCAGCCACAUUGUCAUGUCCGUGGCCCGGGUCAUUGGUGCCAUGUGCUUCGGGCAGCACUUUCCCCAGAGCAGUGAGGAGCUGCUCCACCUGCUGAAGAACAGCCACGAGUUUGUGGAGACCGCCAACUCCGGGAACCCCGUGGAUUUCUUCCCCAUCCUGCGCUACCUGCCCAACCCUGCCCUGCGGAGGUUCAAGGACUUCAAUGACAGGUUCCUGCGGUUCCUGCAGAAGACGGUCCAGGAGCACUACCAGGACUUUGACACGAACAGCGUCCAGGACAUCUUGGGUGCCCUGUUCAAGCACAGCGAGAAGAGCCCCACCGCCAACGGCAGCCCCAUCCCCCAGGAGAAGAUUGUCAACCUCGUCAAUGACAUCUUCGGAGCCGGGUUCGACACAGUCACAACAGCCAUCUCCUGGGGCCUUAUGUACCUUGUGACGAGACCCGAGAUACAGAGGAAGGUCCAGAAGGAGCUGGACACGGUGGUCGGCAGGGCGCGGCGGCCCCAGCUGUCCGACAGACUCCAGCUGCCCUACAUGGAGGCCUUCAUCCUGGAGACGUUCCGGCACUCCUCCUUCGUCCCCUUCACCAUCCCCCACAGCACAACAAGAGACACAAGUCUGAAUGGCUUCUACAUCCCCAAGGAGCAGUGCGUUUUCGUAAACCAGUGGCAGGUCAACCACGACCCGACGCUGUGGGAGGACCCAUCCGAGUUCCGGCCGGAGCGAUUCCUCACUGUGCAAGGCACCGCCAUCAGCAAGGCGGCGAGCGAGAAGGUGAUGCUGUUCGGCAUGGGCAAGCGCCGGUGCAUCGGGGAGGUGCUGGCCAAGGCGGAGGUCUUCCUCUUCCUGGCCACCCUGCUGCAGCAGCUGGAGUUCAGCGUGCCGCCCGGCGUGCAGGUGGACCUGACCCCCAUCUACGGGCUGACCAUGAAGCACCCACGCUGUGAGCAGGUUCAGGUGCGACUGCGUUUCUCUAUCCAGUGAAGAAGGUGCCACCGUACCGAGCCAGGGGACGGAGUGUGGGGUCACCCAGGGGCUGCCGUGCUUAUUUCUUUUCUUUUUAUAAUGGCUUUGAGAUGCAAGUCUUACGGCAUGUAAUUCACUCUAAAAUGUGCGGUCCAACAUCUUGUAGUCUCAGACUUGCGUGGCCCUUUACCACAAUGCAAUCAAUUCUAGAACAUUCUCACCAUGCCCCCAGAAAACCCGUGCCCAUUUGCAGUCACUAGCCAGCUUAGUGAGGGUCUCCCUAACUGGCCUCCCCUGCCCUCCAGCCACAGAUAACUGCUCUCUGCCUCUACAGAGUAGCUUGGUCCGGAGAAGUCACAUAAACAAAUGGCACAGCU